AUGAUUUGGAAAUGUAAUGUUAUACUCAUAACUAAAUAUUAGUCUUGCGUAAGAUAGAUAUGUUUGGCCAACCAGUCUCCCUUAAAUUUAAUGGACAUUCUAAACAUCAGACUGAAGUAGGUGGCAUUGCUUCUAUUGCUACUAUAACAGUAGUAUUUCUCUUUUUCUCAUCAAACAUACUCAGCUUUAUUAACAAAGGCGAAUUGUCAGCUAUUGUUGUGAAUAAUUUCGAAGAAACUCCUGAAAUUAUAUCCCUUUCUGGUGAAAGAACAUUUGCUGUCGGCUUUGGUAAUCUUACUCAAGCAAAGUACUUUAAUAUUACUUUAUAAUAAAUGUAUGAUAGUCUUAAAUAUAUACUUUAGAACAAUCGAAAAUUAAAUCGUUACGAAUAAAACUAUAAUUCCUAUUGGAAAAUGUUUACCUGAGCAUUUUCAACUAGCUAAUGGGAAUUCUCUUUAAAAUUACUUGAAAGAUGACUUUUUAUGUUUGGAGUACUUAUUUAAGUAAUAAAAUUAGAUAAAAUUAACAAUUAUACUUCGGAUAAAAUCAGUCUAGUAAAAUUUAUUUAUUUAAUUUAAGAAAAAUAUGAAGUUCAUUUAAUCAUAUCAAAAUGUUAAAAUGAUUAAUCAGCUUGCAUUCCUGAUCAAAAUUUAGAUGGUUAAGUUUUUAAUGUUUAAUUAGUAUUCCAAAAUUAAGUAAGAAUACAUUUAUUCUUAGGUUGUAAAUCCUAUGGAUGUAUCAGAAUAAUACAUAUAAACUUAUUUAGAUGACACUUAUUCAAUUAAUUUUGUACCAAAUACAUUAUCAAAAGAACAAGAACUUCUAAUUACAUAAUAUGAUUUAAAUAAUGAUGAUAGUAUUAUUUAUUAGGAUGUUCAAAAAAGUAAGGCUUAUGCAGUAGACUCAAGAGAUUCUAAAUAAAUUGUUAAUAUAAACAAUGAUAUUUAUGCUUCAUUUAUAUUCAAAAAGAAUAAACUUAAAUACACUGUUAAUAGAUCUUACUAAAAAAUUACUGAUCUACUUGCUCGAUUAGGUGGAUUUUUAAAGAUUUCAUUCUUUAUUUUAGGAUUUGUAAUUUAAAUCUAUAAUCGAUUGUAGUGUAUACUUUUAUCAUCAAUAAUUAGUAUAUCUCAUAUUAGCUAAUAAGAUCUAUGAAUUUUCAUUUGAUUCUGUUAAAGAGAGAGAAUAUCAAGAAAAACAAUUUGAAGCAUUGAAUUCUGCUAUUCAAUCUAAAAUGUCAAAGACUAAUAUUUAAAAUAUUAAUGAAGAAGGUAGUUAAUAGAAAUUACCAGUCAGUAGAAUUAUGUAGAAAAGCAACUCUAUUAAAUCAAAAUAAAAUUCAUUUUCUCUUCUCCCUUUUUCAUCUUAACAUAUACCUGUAUAUAGUAAUGAAACUAAUAAUAAAAAAUAAAUUAUAACUGAAGAAGAAUGUAUCAUUUCAUCAAAUUUAAUUGAUCAUCAUAUUCAUUUAGCUAAGAAAUUUAAUUGUUAAAGUGGUUUAGAUUAUUUCUAAAAAUAAAUUAAUAAAAUAAUCAAUAGAUCUCAACCUUUAAAUUUAACUAUAAGAAUUUUCUUGAAUCAUUUAUGUUGUUCUAAAUUAUUUAAUUCAAAUAUUAAUGUAAAAUUAUAUAGAAAAUCAAUGAAAGAAAUUUCAAAUCAUUUAGAUGUCUAUUAUAUUCUAUAAAAAUUAGAAGAAUUAAAUAAACUUAAAAAUAUUUUACUGAGUCCUUAAUAAUUAUUAGUAUUUAAUUUUACACCUAAAUAAAUGAUUGCUCCUGAUAAAACUGAAUUAAAAUUCAAUCGUAAUUUUUUAGAAGAAAAAGCCAGAAUAAGACACACUACUCUAUUUAGUGAACCUCAAAAUUCUCUUACUGCUGUUCUUUAACAUAAAAAGAGAGCCAGUUAAGAUAAUGAGAAUCUUAUUUACUAACGUAUUUAUAAUGCAUAUGAUGAUAUAUUGAGAUAAUAUGAAGGUGAAAGUCCAAGAUAAGAGCAUGAUAUUAAUAAAUAAUUAAUUGAAAAAUUGGGUGCAGAACUCAAAUCAAUCUUUAGAGCAUCAAAAAUGAUAGAUUUCCAGUAACUUUAAUCAUCUAAAUAAUCAAGAAAAGUUAAUAGAAGACAUGCAUAAAUUGAUAAUGAGAUUCAAGUAACUAAAAUGAUGUAAUAGUUUUAUUAAUAAUGA